AUGGAUCAAUUCUUUCGUUUUUUCUUAAUAGUUUUGAUUCUUGGACGAACCAGCGCCACCGGAAGCGGUGGCGAUGGCACUGAUCUUAACGUACUUGCUUCCCCUUCACCUGAUGUAGUUUCCCUCCUCUCGUUCAAGUCGAAAGCGGACCUUGAUAAUAAGCUUCUCUACACUAUUAACGAACGAUUUGAUUACUGUGCUUGGCAAGGCGUCAAAUGUGCUCAAGGUCGUGUGGUGCGUUACACUGUGCAGGGUUUUGGCCUCCGGGGCACAUUCCCCGCCGCUACCCUCACUCGUCUCGACCAGCUCCGAGUUCUGAGUCUGAAAAACAACUCGCUCACUGGCCCCCUACCGGAUUUUUCCUCAUUAACCAACCUGGAAAGUUUGUUUCUUGAUAAUAACUAUUUUUCAGGAACAUUUCCUCUCUCCCUUUUGUCCCAUCACCUGCUUUUGAUUAUUGAUUUGUCUCACAACAAUUUUACCGGUUUGCUGCCGGAAACCCUGACGGUUUUGGACCGGUUGAGUUAUCUCCGCCUUGAUUCCAACCGGUUUUAUGGGUCCAUUCCUCCACUAAAUCAAACUACGUUAAAAGUCUUAAACGUAUCGAACAAUAACCUUACCGGUCCUAUACCUGUUACCCCUACUCUCAAAAAGUUCAAGAUACAUUCAUUUUCAGAAAAUCCCAAUCUCUGCGGCGAGAAUAUCAACAAACCAUGUCCCCCUUCGCCAUUCUUUAACGUGACUUCAGGUGGUGGCGGCGCCGCAGCUUCACCGCCUGCACCGCUACUGCAGAAUGCUCAGUCACAGCAAGGAUUAACUGCCCUUUCGCCUUCGUCUCAAAUGAAGCAUCACAAGAAAGUUGGAGUAGUCUUAGGCUUUGUUACUGGAGCUUUGAUCCUAACAGCAGCAGUUUUGUGCCUCUUUGCUGUAAUCAAAAAGCGGAAAGAAGAGAAAGAAGACACCGAAGCAAAAGAAGAAGAAUAUUAUGCUGAUGCGACUACAAACAAUAAAGGUCAAAGAGACACAACUUUUUCACUUCAAGAUGAAAGUGCAAAUGCUGAAAGUGAAAUAAAGAAGAUGAAAAGUCCAGAGAAACCACGGAUAGCGAAAAAUGGGAGCUUAAUAUUUUGUUCUGGGGAAGAAGAAUCAUACACUUUGGAACAAUUAAUGAGGGCAUCAGCCGAAUUGCUUGGGAGGGGUACAAUUGGGACAACAUAUAAAGCCGCAAUGGGCACUAAUUUGUUAGUCUCUGUCAAGAGAUUGGAUGCAUGUAAGACUGCCAUUACAAGUGCUGAAGCAUUUGAGCAGCAGAUGGAGGCUGUUGGUGUAUUGAGGCAUCCCAAUUUGGUUCCUAUUAGAGCUUACUUUCAGGCUAAACAAGAAAGGUUGAUCAUUUUCGAUUAUCAGCCUAAUGGCAGCCUCUUCAAUCUCAUUCACGGUUCAAGAUCAAAGCGUGCAAAGCCUCUUCAUUGGACGUCAUGUUUGAAGAUAGCAGAAGAUGUAGCUCAGGGACUAGCCUACAUCCACCAAGCAUCGAAGUUCGUUCACGGAAAUCUCAAAUCGACCAAUGUUUUAUUGGGAUCCGAUUUUGAGGCCUGCAUCACAGACUAUUGCCUCGCCACUCUUGCAGACACAUCCUCAGACGAUAAUCCUGAUUCUGCAGGCUAUAAGGCCCCUGAAAUUCGCAAAUUUUCAAGUCGAGCCACCGCCAAGUCUGAUGUAUAUGCUUUUGGCAUCCUCUUACUAGAACUUUUGACUGGAAAGCCACCAGCCCAGCAUCCAUUCCUCGCUCCUCCCGAUAUGCCAGAUUGGGUUAGAGCAAUGAGAGAAGAUGAUACUGAAGACGACACUCGACUCAGAAUGCUGGUCGAGCUGGCUAGCAUCUGUAGCUUGACUUCGCCCGAGCAAAGGCCAACUAUGUGGCAAGUGUUGAAGAUGAUUACAAAUAUAAAGGAGAUAAUGGACGAUACCACAAGGGAUUCAUAG